CAGGAAAGAGGCGGCUAUCAUAUGCGUGUUUACUGUUUUGUUGCAACAGACUUGUCAUCCUGAAACAGGUCUAUCCACGACUCUUUUUCAUUCCUGCUCUGAGGGCUACCAGCACACGUCUGUGUGUGCAUUUAUGGUGUUUGUGCUGGAUUAUCAAAGCCAGAGAAAUGUUUCAAAGGUCAAAAAAGAUUCCAGUGUCAGAGGAGAGACGCAUGAGAGAGCAAGUGAGAAAUGCAGAGUGAGAGAGACAGAGAGAGCGAGGGGCUGACCGGUUCUCCGCAGUCAACAAAAGGACGGAGGCAGCUCUGCUCUGAGUGGAGCCAGCUUUAUGUCUGGCUGCCCUGCUAAGCGCUGCUUACGGUGCUCUACUUGCAAAGCUGUCAAUGGCUUCAUGUCGAUGGGAUCCUGCUGUUUUAGAUUGAGUAGAGCUUACUGGAUACUUCGCCUGAAAACUGGUCGCUGUUUGGAGCUUAACAUUGUGGAUGUUUAGGACGCCAUAUGAUUUACAGCCAUGGGAAACACCUGUGGUUGUGUUCGGGGUCCGAAAGAGGAAUAUUAUUUGGACCCCAAAAGGGCUCCUUUGAGACCUGAAUCCAAAGAUCUUAAAGGUCGCCGCUAUUUUCAGAGGAAAAAGAGGAAAUCGGAAGACUUAAAGCCUGCUGGAUCUCUCAGAAGUCCUGAAAGUGAGACUUUUGUUACAACCAAAGCAAUCUGCAGUGGUGGAGAGUGUAAAAAUGACCCAGAUGGCAACACAGGAGAAAACCAAACCGAGCUGGAUGAGCCAUCAGGAGUGGCCAAACCUCUAUCUAGGCAAGACAGCAUCAGCAAAGGUGUUUAUGUUGGAGAAAUACCAGUUCUGAUCCUUCGGGAUGGUCAGACUCAACCUCUUGCCACAAGGUUAACGUGCAGGUUGGAAAAGUUUUCUACAAACCAGGCAGAUGGUGACAGAAGGAGGUCCUCUGUGGAAGAGAAGCUCCAUGGUGUCAGCACUACUUCCAAAGGUGUCCCGGCUAAGGAGGGUUUGCUUGUAAAGAAGCUUCUACAACGCCAGUUAAGGAGGGCGGUUAGCUUUGGAGCAGUGGAGCACACGCUACGGACACUAAGGGGUAAUGACAGACCUGGAAGUGAGGAAACCUUUGCCAAGAUUAUAUGGGGCUCUCAAGCACACCGAAGGAGGAGACGGAGGGCCUACACCUGCUCUGGUUACGUAGAACAUGCUCCAGCUCUGGCCAAAUGUAUUUCCAGCGAACACGAGAUCUCGGAGAUCCAUGUGACGGGAGAGUCCGAGGACAUGACAGCCAAGGAGAGACUGCUGCUCUGGUCCAAGCAGACGACAGAGGGCUACGUAGGUGUGCGAUGUGAAAAUUUCACAACCUCGUGGAGGGAUGGGAGGCUAUUUAAUGCCCUUAUUCACAAAUACAGACCGGACCUUGUAGACAUGAGCCGUGUGUCAACACAGACCAACCGAUCAAAUUUAGAAGACGCAUUUUGUGUAGCUGAACAGCUGGGGGUGGCCAGACUACUGGAUCCUGAGGAUGUUGACGUCCAGUCUCCUGAUGAAAAAUCAGUCAUCACCUACGUCUCAACACUGUACGAUGCCUUCCCCAAAGUACCCGAUGGAGUUGAAGGAGUUAAUCCUAAUGACGUUGAUAUCAAAUGGGUGGAGUACCAGAACAUGAUCAAAUACCUCAGCCAGUGGAUCAAACACAAUGUGGCCAUAAUGUCAAGUAGAUCAUUCCCCAAUAACCCUGUAGAACUCAAGGCACUUUAUACACAAUAUCUUCAAUUCAAAGAACAUGAAAUCCCACAAAAAGAAAAUGAGAAAACAAAAAUCAAAAAUCUCUACAAAAUGCUUGAGAUGUGGAUCGAGUUUGGACGUCUUCAGUUACCCCCAGGUCAUCAUCCGAAUGAUGUGGAGAAGGAAUGGGGUAAACUAAUUGUCGCCAUGCUGGAAAGAGAGAAGAGCCUGAGGCCAGAGGUGGAAAGGCUUGAAAUGUUGCAGCAGAUUGCCAACAGGGUUCAGCGGGACUGUGUUAACGGCGAGGACAAGCUUGCACUGGCGAGAACGGCCCUGCAGUCUGAUGCAAAACGUCUUGAGUCUGGUAUUCAGUUCCUAAAUGAAGCUGAGAUCGCUGGCUACCUGUUGGAGUGUGAGAAUAUUCUCAGACAACAAGUAGUGGAUAUCCAGAUUCUCCUGGAUGGAAAAUUCCCAUUUGCAGAUCAGCUUGUCCAAAGGGUGUCAAAACUCCGCGAUAAUCUUCUAGCCCUGAGAGCCGAAUGCUCCUCUGUGUACAGCAAAGGCCGCACCCUGACAACAGAGCAAACCAAAAUGAUGAUCUCAGGCAUCACACAGAGUCUGAACUCUGGCUUCUCCCAGAGCAUUAACACUAACCUGACACCAGCCCUUACUCCUGCACUCACCCCAGGGGGAAUAGGUACCCCUGGGUCCACCUUCACCUCCAGCCUUACGCCGUGCCUCACCCCAUCCUUGACUCCUGCCUUGACCCCGAGUCUGCAGCCUGCAUCAGUCCAGAGCUACUUGGGGGGCGGUGGUGACAUGGUCCCAGGUAGCCUCAGGCAUUUGAAAAACAUGCAGAUCCGGAAGCCCUUACUGAAAUCCUCACUGGCAGACCCCAGCUUGACAGAAGAAGAGGUCAACAUGAAGUUUGUUCAGGACCUUCUAAACUGGGUAGAAGAGAUGCAGAUGGAGCUGGAGCGUUCAGAGUGGGGAUCUGAUAUGCCAAGUGUGAAAAUGAAUUUAGAUAACCACAAAAAUGUACACAGAGUGAUCGAAGAAUUCCAAAUGAGUCUUAAAGAAGCCAAAAUAAGUGAAAUUCAGAUGACGAUGCCUUUAAAGCUCAGCUUUUCAGACAAACUGAACAAACUGGAAAAGCAGUAUGAACGACUCUUGAGCUCAUCCAGGGAGCGGCAAAGCCACCUGGAGAGCCUGCAUGACUUUGUAUCACAGGCAACUCAAGAGCUCAUCUGGCUGAACGAGAAGGAGGAAGAGGAGGUUGCCUUUGACUGGAGCGAUCGCAACAUUAACAUCUCCAAAAAAAGGGAUUACCACGCUGACCUGAUGAGGGAGCUGGAUGAAAAGGAGGAAGCCAUCAAGUCUGUGCAGGACAAGGCAGAGCGCCUUAUGCUCAAGAACCACCCAGCCAGGCUAACUAUUGAAGCAUACAAAGCUGCAAUGCAGACCCAGUGGAGCUGGAUUUUACAGCUCUGCUCAUGUGUCGAACAACAUCUCAAGGAGAAUGCCAUUUAUUUUGAGUUUUUCAGUGAUGCCAAAGAGUCCAUGGAUUACCUGAAAAAUUUGCAGGAUUCGAUUCAAAGAAAGUACAGCUGUGAUCGAACAAGUAGCCUACACAGACUGGAGGAUCUCAUUCAGGAGUCCAUGGACGAGAAAGAGCAGCUCCUUCAGUACCGCAGCACUGUGGCUGGGCUGGUGGGCAGGGCUAAAAAUAUUGUGCAGCUCAAGCCCAGAAACCCUGAAAAUCCACUAAGAUCCUCCAUCCCUGUUAAAGCGAUCUGUGAUUAUCGUCAGAUAGAGAUUACCAUUUAUAAAGAGGACGAGUGCGUACUGGCCAGUAACUCUCACCGGGCUAAGUGGAAAGUCAUCAACCCAGCAGGUAAUGAGGCGAUGGUUCCCUCUGUUUGCUUCACUGUCCCUCCACCCAACAAAGAGGCCGUUGAUAUGGCUUCAAGAACUGAGCAGUUAUAUCAGAACGUCCUGGCACUGUGGCACCACUCCCACGUCAACAUGAAGAGUGUGGUGUCUUGGCAUUAUCUAAUGGCUGACAUUCAAGCCAUCCGCAACUGGAAUGCGGCUUCAAUAAAGACCAUGUUGCCAGGUGAGCAUCAGCAGGUCUUGAGCAACCUGCAGUCCCACUUUGAUGAGUUCCUGGAAGACAGCGAGGAGUCAAAGGUAUUCACUAUGGCGGACUGCGCGCAGCUCGAGAGAGACGUGGCGGCGUGUAAGGAGUACUACCAGGAACUGCUCAGAUCCGCAGAGAGAGAGGAACACGAGGAGUCGAUGUACAAUCAUUACAUCUCGGAAAUACGCAACUUCCGUAUGCAUCUGGAGGCCCAUGAAAAACACCUGAUCAGGCAAAUACGCUCACCCCUGGAAAGAGAUGACCUGGAGCAGAGUCUGCAGCGUAUCACAGAGCACGAGAGGAAGACGGCAGAGCUGAAUAAGCUGAAGGAGGAUCUGGAUGCCAUGAAGGAGAAGUGCGAGCUGUUCCUCAGACAGGCCGCGGGUUCUCCGUCUGUGGCAACGCUUUCAUCUGAGCUCACAGUCCUCAUUCAGAGCAUGAGCCAAGUGUACUCCAUGUCUUCCAUUUAUAUGGACAAAUUAAAAACUGUGAGUUUAGUGGUGAAACACAGUCAGAGUGCAGAGGCGCUUGUUAAGGCCUAUGAGUCCAAACUCUACGAAGAAGAUGCCAUGAACCCUGAUGUCAAAUCCAUUGAAAAUGUCAUUUCCACACUAAAGCACUGGCGGACAGAGAUUGAUGAGAGACAGGAGUCAUUCCACGACAUGGAGGAUGAGCUGCAGAAGGCGCGACUCAUCAGUGACCGCAUGUUUAAAGCGCACAACGAGCGCGACUUUGACCUCGACUGGCACAAAGAAAAGGCGGAUCAGUUGAGCGAGAGGUGGCAGAACAUCCACUCGCAGAUCGAAAGCAGGCUCCGCGACCUGGAUGGUAUCAGCAAAUCUUUGAAGCACUACAGAGACUCCUAUAGUAGCCUUGAUGAAUGGGUUAGAGACAUGGAGGCAGCACAGCUGAAGGCCCAAGAACACAAGCCUGAGGAUAGCAAGGCACUGGCUGAGCUGUUAAACAAACAAAAAAUCCUUGUUGCUGAAAUUGAGAAGAAACAGAGCAGUAUCGACGAAUGUCAAAAGUACUCAGAGCAGUACUCAUCUGCUGUUAAGGAUUAUGAACUUCAGCUGAUGACGUUCAGAGCGAUGGUCGACUCCCAGCACAAAUCUCCUCUCAAGAAACGGAGGAUGCAGAGUUCUUCUGAUGCCAUUCAGCAGGAGUUUAUGGAUCUCCGAACGCGCUACACUGCUCUGGUGACUCUGAUGACUCAGUAUGUGAAGUUUGCCAGCGAAACGCUGAAGAGAACUGAGGACGAGGAGAGAUCUGUUGAUGAGGAGAAGAGAGAGAAUGGUGAUAAGGUUAACAAACUAUUGCAGUGGAUGUCCAAUGUGAAACAGACCGUGAGCAAUAGUGGGGAUGCUCUGAAAGAUAGUAAUGCCAACACAGAUGCUUCUAAUAAGCCGCAGGUGUCAGUGGAGGAAAUCGUCACUAAAAAAGAACAAAUUGCAGAAGCGCUGAGGUCCACACAAACGAUGCUAAACAAACACAGUGACAAAAUGACAGAAGAGGAAAGAAAGAAGGCCCAAGAGCAGCUGCAGUCUCUCACUCAGGCCUACAAUGAACUCUCCCAGCAGUGUUCAGAUCAGACUCCCUCUGCAGAUGAGGAUUUCAAACCCCUUGAUAGGAUUGGGACUGGAAUGACUGGCCUGAUUGAUCAGAGAGGUUUGGUAAAUCAUCAAGGGGCCCUCCUAACCUCUAACCUCUCUGAACCCCAAUUUCAUCUGGGGUGUGACGAAGCUAUUGAAGAAAAUCGCAUCUACACAUCAACGCUGAAUCACUUGCCAGUGUUGAAUGAUUCAAGCAAAUGCAUACAGAGUUCACAUGUCUCCUCUGUGUCCCUGUCUGACAUAGCAGCAGCUAGAGAAGGGUCCAUGUGUGAAGAUGUGAUCAUAAAGAUAAUAGAGGCCAGCCAGGUCAGUGAUGAAAUGCAGAUGUCCUACACAGGGGACACGAUGACCCUGGAGAAGGCAUUUCAGUGUGGUUUAAUUCCUGCUUCUGUCUACGUAAACAUCCUUCAGAGGAAAAAGUCUCACCAGGAUAUGAUAAAUCCUGGCACUGCAGAAAGUCUGUCCUUUUUAGAGCCUGAAGAGGAGGGUGAAGCUUGUGAGGCUAAUAAACUGAUAUUCAAGGGCCUGAGCAGAGAGAGCUCAGAGACAUCAGAGGGGAAUAUUAACAGUGUGACUUCGGGUGGUUUUAGUAAUCAGGAGAUUAUGGUGAGGUUGUUAGGUGCUCAGGGGGAUCUAGAAGGUCAGAAUGAAACUGAGGUGUCAAAUGGUAACUUCCAGAAUGCUGGAGGUGGGCUGAAGGUGGAUGCGGCCAUUCAGUGUGACUUGAUGAGCUCCAGCAGCACACUCAUCGUCCUGGGAAAUCAGCAACAGUUCAUGGGACUUGCGUUGCCUCACUCUGGGGAAAUCCAAACGGUGUCUGCCUCGCAUGAAUCUGAUUGUCAAAGCACCUCCAGUGAGUUUACCUGCAGACUUUUUACUAAUCGAGGGAAAAUAGCAGCAUUUUACAUUCCAGAAAAUUCAGAGGUGAUAGAUAUCACUACCGCUAUUCAAAAUGGUUGGAUCGACAGUCACACAGCAGAGGUUCUGAAAUCCAUAGAGAUCCCAGAUGUGCUGCCAGAUGUUGAUCACCUUAGUGAAAAGUUUUCAUCUUGGCUCACUUAUAAAAAGCUGGCAGUUGAUGGGUGGCCUCAUGAUGGUUCAGAAGUUAAUCUCCCCUCUCCCACGGAAGCAAAACAGUUAUUCAUCUCAUACUUAAUGAUGAACAGUUACAUUGAUCCAAAGUCAGAACAGAGGGUUUUGAUACUUGAUGAUCAGUUAAACAAAAUGGCUCAUGCUUUUCUUGAAGACACGCUAUUUUAUCCGAACGAUGAUGAAGGUUUGACUGAUUUGACUUUGUUUGAUGCCAAAAAUCCUUUUGAAGACGCAGAUUCUGAAAUGUCGCUACACAUAAAUGAUGAAUCAGAGGAGUUAAUAAAAAACACAGAGGACGUGUUUGAUCGUUAUGACUUUGUUUCCCAGACCGGCGGGAGAAUCACCUUUGAUGAAAACACACAACACACAUUUGAGCCUCAUAAUUUUGUUUCCUCUGGCAAUGGAAGAAUAACCUUUGAUGAAAAAUCGAAUAAAAAUGACAAAGCUUCAAAACACGAUCAUGCCAAGGACCUUUUAGUGAGUAGUGAUAUUGAUUUUAACACCAGAGGUGUAGAGGUUGAAAACACGUUUGAAAACGACACAUGGUGGACAAAGUCAGAUCAGUUUGAAGAAGGAAUUUCUGGAAAUACUUUGAAAAAGGAGGCCGGAGAUUAUGCCAGGGAAGGUCUUGAUAUUCCAGGUUCUCUAAAUGUGUCAGUCCCUCACACAUUUUGCUCUGGGGAAAGCAGAAAUAUUAGCUCACCUUCAGUGAUGAUUGGCUCUGAGUCCUCAUUUAAAUCUUGCCAUCAGGUGCCACCACACUAUAAGGCUAAAUGCUUUGAUACAACAAGUGUUCAUAUUGAACAACCUCAGUUUUUAAGCUCUGAGGACUCAGUGGAGGGUGGAAAUGAGCGGAAGAGUGCUAUUGCGCUUCUGAAAACCCAAAUGGAGGAAGAGGGCAUUUUGGACGUCACCUCUGGGAAUUGUUAUAACCUGCAGGAAGCUCUUAAUAAAGGAUUAGUGGAUGAUAAGAUGGUACUAGAGCUGCAUGACUCACAGUCAGAUGAAAAAAAUCCCAUCCUGAUGGUUGAGACAGACAGAUUUUCUGGAUUAAAACAGGCAUUGUCAAGCAGAUGUCACACAGAGCAGAGCUUUUGGAGGUCUCAUUGCAGCAGGAGCAUUGGUGAGGCACUCCCGCUUGAAUUAGUCAAGGAUUCAGAUUCGCAAGGCAACUUUUACCCAGAGGAAAACCGUGUUUACUCUCUUUCUGAAGCUCAAGAUCUGGGUUUAAUUCAUGCAGCUGAAAACACACAGCAGGUGAUUUCAAGAAAUGCUGCUGUCACGGUGCUUGAUUUAGCCAAAGAAGAGGCUAAUAACAAAGAAGGAGAGAGUGAAAAUAGAAAUCGAGAGUUGGCGUGUAAGGCAGUGGGGAGUGUAGAAACAAUGACUAAUAAAGUACAUCUUUCCCUUCCAUCAGAAAGUGGUAACAUGCCUCAGAUGAUCUCACCCUCUUAUUGGAAUCAGGUUACAGCAGAGCGUAUCAAUCAUAUAGGAAAAUUGCCUUUAGGGGCUGAGGACAGUGAGUCACACACCUUAAUGGAUAGCGAGCUGACAGGAAGAAUCUCUGGCAUCAAUACUGAUUCCAAAAGCCAGACUCAGUCUGCCACUUUUGCUUAUCACUCCGGUAAAUCUGACAGCAUACCCAGUGAUGAUGAUGUUUUCGGUGAUGGAUAUGAUACCAGUGUAAGAAAACAGACAUUCAUUCAGAGUGAAACCGGCACGUCAGUUUCAUUUUCCAGUGCUUUGUCUUUGGAAGCUAGAGUGGAAGAUGAAAGUGGGGUUCGGUCAACUUUGGGCAGUGAGCCAGCUCCGAGUGUGGAUUACACAUCGCUUGGGGAUUUUGUUGAGGGUGCAGUCAUCUCGGUUUCCAGGGGUAAUUGUAACUCUGUGAAAAACAGGGCAGAAGAUGUCAGAAUUGCAUUACGUCAGCAAGCAGAAAGUGAUUAUAAUGAUGAAUCUGAGCCCAGCAGCUGUCAGAGAGAUCAGAGCCUGAUUGCAGCUGUUUGUGAAAGACCUCCAGAACAGCAGAGCUCCUCUUCUGAAAUACCUGCUGUUUACAGCAGCAUAACAGCAACAAAUACCAUCAAUCACAGCAACUAUGAUACUGAAGAUACAGUCCUGACUCCUAAAGAUUUCUUAGGGUUUACAGAUGGUGGAGCAGGUGAUUCUGAGAGGCCUUCCCUAGAGAAGCAAAAUGAUGACAUUCUCACUAUUGAUGGUGAACAGAUCUCCAUAGCUCUCUGUCAGCGAGAUCAGAGCCUGAUUGCAGCUGCUUGUGAAAGACCUCCACAACAGCAGAGCUCCUCGUCUGAGUUACCUGCUAUUUACAGCAGCAUAACAGCAACAAAUACCAUCUUGCGCAGCAACAAUGAUAUUGAAGAUUCAGCCCUGACUCCUAAAGAUUCGUUAGGGUCGGCCCAUGGUGGUGCAAGUGAUGCUGAGAGGCUUUUCCAAGAGAGGGAAAACAAUGACCUUCCCUCUAUUGAUGCUGUAUCUGUCUGUCAGGGAGAUCAGAGCCUGAGCUCACCUGUUUGUGAAGGACCACAACAGCAGAGCUCCUAUUCUGAGAUAUCUUCUGUUAAUAGAGACAUAACAACAAGUACUAUCAACCAAACCUACUAUGAUAUUGAAGAUUCAGCCCUGACUCCUAAAGAUUUGUUAGGGUUUACUUGUGGCCUUACAAGUGAUGCUGAGAGGCUUUCCCAAAACAGGCAAAACAAUGACAUUCCCACUGUUAAUGCUGAACAGAUCCCUGUAUCUCUCUGUCAGAGAGAUCGGAGCCUGAGUGCAGGUGUUUGUGAAGGGCCCCGGCAGCAGAGUUCCUCUUCUGAGUUAUGUGCUGUUUACAGCAGCAUAACAGCAACAAAUACCAUCAAUCACAGCAACAAUGACAUUGAAGAUUCAGCCCUGACUCCUAAAGAUUUGUUAGGGGCGGCCCAUGAAGGUGCCGGUGAUCCUGAGGGGCUUCCCCAAGAGAGGGAAAACAAUGAUAUUCUCACUGUUGAUGCUGAGAAAAUCCCUGUAUCUCUCUGUCAGAGAGAACGGAGCCUGAGUGCAGCUGUUUGUGAAAAACCUCCACAACAGCAGAGCUCCUAUUCUGAGAUAUCUUCUGUUAAUAGAGACAUAACAACAAGUACUAUCAACCAAAGCUACUAUGAUAUUGAAGAUUCAGCCCUGACUCCUAAAGAUUUGUUUGGGUCAGCCCAUGGAGGGGGAGGUGAUGCUGAGAGGCUUUCCCCAGAGAAGCAAAAUGAUGACAUUUUUAAUAUUGAUGCUGAACAGAUUUCUGUACCUCUCUGCCAAAGGGGUGCACCUGUUUGUGAAAGACCUCCACAAGAGCAGAGCUCCUCUUCUGAGAUACCUGCUGUUACAAAUACUGUUUAUCACAGCAGCAAUGAUGUUGAAGAUUUAGCGGUGACUCCUAAAGACUUGUUAGAGCCAGUGCUUGGUGUUACAGGUGAUGCUGAGAGGCUUUUCCCAGAGAGGCAAAACAACAGCAUUUUCGCUAUUGAUACUGAACAGAUCUCUGCAUCAAGAACGGACACAGACGAUCCUGAUAGUGAUAGAAAUGUCUCCUGUUUAAAUCCAUCGUUUCCCUUAUCAGACAACUUUGGACAGCCUGGAAGUAGAAUAGGAGAAGAGAUGACAUCUGAUCCUAUAGAAGAGGAUCAAAGUUUAGAAGUGUGUGUUUCUGUGGAUACUCACACAGUUACGGAUUUCCUGUCUGAGAGCAGUAUAAUACCUGUUGUUUCCUCUUCAGGCCCAUUAGUGUUUUCUAAUCCUGGAAAGACAUAUGCAGAUGACCAGGGGGAAGAUAUUACACACAGUGAUAAGAGCAGUGGUUUGGAAAGGGCACAAGCUCAAGAUUCUCAAGAUGCCCUUUCUAUAGAUAAGAGUAAUGCACAAUCUUUACAUAAAAACAGUUUCCACGAGAGUAGCACAUCUCAAGGACUCACAGACAGCAGUCACCCAGAUCACCUCAUGAAUUUACUGAAGCAAAAUUCUCUCAGUUUAGACAGCGAGGACACGAGGAAAGCAAAACUGAUAUGCCAGGAUGAAAGAGGAGGUCAAGAGACAGAGCAGUCUGAUGCUCCAAAUAUCCAGCUGCAGCUGCUGCAGGUUUUUAAGACUGUUUCCACAAGCCAAGACCUUUCAGUGCUUAAGGAAGUGAUGGAUACCCUCAGCAGCGCUCUGGGGUGUGAAUCACAGCAGGAACAGUGGCACACACUGGAGAGCAUCAAAGAGGAAAGUUCAGAGGGAGAGAAUGAGGAGUCAGGAGAGGAUGACAGUGCUCCAAAGAGUCAUCAACCAUUUGUUGAGGCCUCUGCCAUCUCAUAUGGCUGCAGAGGCGAGGAGGUCAAAUAUAAGCUGUUCUCCAUCCACGAUUAUUUGGAGUGUGUUGGGAGACUGCAGGAUCACUCUGAUGUUUUAGAAGAUGCCAGAAAAGACCUCUCAACCCCAAUACCCACAGACAACAACAUGGAAGAACUGCAGAACCAAAUAGAGGAAUGUCAGUCUCUGCAGUCUCAGCUUUCUAGUCUGGCUGAUGUUCUGACAGUCGAUAUGGAGAAAGCCAAGCAACUCAUAAACUCUGCUGAUGAAGACGUUCCCCAGCAGAUCCACCACGACUUGGCCUCGAUAUAUCUGGAGUUAGAGCCAGAUUUUACUGCUGUGUCUCAGAUGUGUGCAGAAAGAAGCAGCUCUCUGAUUCAAGCGAUGGAAACAGGGAAGGUACACUUGGAAUCAACAUAUCAGCAACAUCUCAGUGAUCUCAAUACGCUGGCGGGGCUCAUUCAAAAUAACUCUGAGAUGUUGGGUGUGGAUUUGAACACAUGUGAUGUGGACACUCUGAAACAUCUGAGCCAGCAGAAUAAGGACAUGGGGGACCAUCUGCAAAAAGAAGCCAGGCUCAAGUUAGAGGAUGUCACGUUUGAUAUCCAGUGCUUUAUUUCAGAGCACACUCAGUUCCUGAGUCCGGCUAAGAGUAGCUACCUCCUCAAGUUCCUCAGCACCACUCAGCGAGCAUUCAGAGACCAGAUAGAAAGGCUUGUAACACAGAAGAGUGCCUUAGAUGUCCUGCUUGAUGCCAGAGAGAGAGAAAACCUGGCAGAGUCUUUAUUGGAGAAACAGAAGGAGUUUACAGACAAGUUGGCGGACGUGUGUGAUAAUCUCACGCUGACUGAGAACCGCCUGAUUGGCCAUAAGCAACAGGCUGAAAAUGCUGAGAGCAUUACAGACCUGCAGCAGUACCAGCAGGAGCAUCAGGCUCUCCAAAAAGACGUGUUGACAAACGCCAGUGCCUUAAAUGAUGUGAUCAGCAGUACUAAUACAUUUCUCGUGGAAAACCGAAGCAAGAUGACACCAGAUCAAAUCGCCGCUAUUGAAAGCAAGCUGGAAGAGGCUAAAAGCAAAGCCAAGGUCAUCAACCAGCGAGCCGAGGACUCCAGAAAAGAUUUGGAGAAAGCUGUCACGACAGCCAUACAGCAGGAGAGCGAAAAGGCAGCAGCUGUCGAACAGCUUGAGGAGAGUAAGAGCAAGAUUGAAGGUCUUCUGGACUGGAUUUCCAAUGUAGGAAAUAAAAACAAGAGCAGCCUGGAUCAAACAGACCAUGUAAGUCAGGAAAAUGGAAACCUGCCAGAGGAACCUUCAGCUAAGGGACUGAUAACAGACGAUGAUAAUGCCAACGGAAACGCUUUGCAGGCCACUGAAAAGGAUUUUGGCAGAGAGACCAGUGGCGAGGACAAUGAAUCCCCGAAUCUUGAUAAGCAGUACCAAGGGCUCAAGGCCCAUCACCAGGAGAUUCUGUCCCAGCAGCAGGAUCUGAUCAUGGCCACCCAGUCAGCUCAGGCUAUGCUUGACAAGCAAGCCAACGUGCUGUCUCCACAGGAGAAGGAGGCUUUGCAGAAGAACAUCCAAGAGCUAAAGGAGCGCUAUGAGACGUCCCUGACUCAGGCUGAGCAGCAGAUGAAGCAGGUGCAGUGUGUCCAGGAGGAGCUGAAGAAGUUCCAGGACGACUGUGAGGAGUUUGAAAACUGGUUAAACCAGGCUGAAGAAGAGAUUUUGGAACUGGGAGCACCUGCAAGCUGCCUUAAUAUCCUCAGUGAUAACCUUCAGCGACAGAAAAGCUUCUCGGAGGAUGUGAUUUCCCACAAAGGGGACCUUCGAUUCAUCACUAUUUCGGGACAGAAAGUGCUGGACGUGGCUAAGGCAUUUGGAUCAGCUGACCCGGCAGCUAAGAAUCCGCUGCUGCAUGUGGAUACUUCAGGGACCUGUUCUGCUGUCAAGGAUAAACUAGAUUCAGCAGCCAGUCGAUAUAAAACACUACACUCACAGUGCAAUCUGCUUGGCAACAACCUCAAAGACGUGGUUGACAAGUACAAAAAGUAUGACGACUCAAGCACCGGUCUUUUGAAGUGGCUCAACAGCUCAGAGGAGGAGGCGAGAAAGCAGCAAUCAGAGGCCAUAGCAGCUGACCCUCAAACGCUACAGAAACAGCUGGAGGACACCAAGGUUUUACAAGGUCAGAUGAUGGGGCACCAGACUGCUAUUGAUUCUUUACGUAAAACAGCUGAGUCUUUAAUAACAUCUGAAGGUGACCUGCUGAGCAACCCAGAUGAGAUCCAGGAGACAGUAGAUGACAUAGUGGAGCGUUACGACAACCUUUCCAAGUCUGUAAGCGAUCGAAAUGAGAAGCUGCAGAUCACCCUGACUCGCUCUAUGAGUGUUCAGGAUGGCUUGGAUGAGAUGAUGGGAUGGAUGGAGGGAGUUGAGGCCAGUGUGGAAGAAAAAGGGCAAAUAACCUUGGACUCUGCAUCUCUUGGAGGCAUCCUGAGCAAAGAAGCAGCUUUAGAGCAGGACAUAGCAAGUCGCCAGAGCAGCAUCUCAGCCAUGAAAGCCAAGGUGAAGAAGUUUGUGGAGACGGCUGAUCCCUCUGCUGCCGCGCUUCUGCAGUCUAAGAUGGAUUCUCUCUCCCAGCGCUUCUCUGAUGCGUGUGAUCAGCACAGGCAAAAAAUUGCUACUCUGGAGAAGCUGAAAGAAAAGGUAGAGCAGUUUGAGAAUGUAGCCGAAAAAGUCCAGCAGUUUGUUUUGAAGCGCUCACAGGACCUGCACGAAACAGACGGCCCGGGGAAAACUUUCAAUGAACUGUCUCAGCUAAUGCAGAACACCAAAGCUGAUAUGGCUGAAUAUGCUGGUGAUUUGGAGAAGCUGCAGACUUUGUCCAAGGAACUGUCUGAAAUAAGCCCUGAUGGAAACAAAGCCCAAAUUCAGAGCAAGCUGGACAAUCUCUCAAAUGUUUUCAGCACCUUUAAAGACACCAUCAAAGAAAAGGAAGAGGAACUGUCAUCUUGUCAGGACCAGCUGGGAGAGUUCAGAUCUGCAGCUAGCGCUCUCACUAAGUGGCUGGAGGAGGCUAAUGACAAAGUACCUGCAGAUCAGCCAAGCAGCAGUGAGAAAACUCUGGAGAGCGACCUGCAGAUAGUCACCGGAUUACUAGAUGAAUGGACAUCCAAAGGCCCCGCUGUCCAAGACCUGAACACUAAAGGAUCGACGCUGUGCAACUUGAUUACUUUCCUCACAUCACCUGCCAAGACAAAGACUCCCAACAAGUCGGCUCUUACUAAUGGUGAUGGUCCAGCAAGCCAUACCUACCUAACCAACAAAGAGCUGAUGGUUAUUCAGCAGAACAUGUCUUCCAUCAAUGUGGGGUACACGGACCUCGGAGAAACGCUGAAGAAUCGCUCAGCACAGCUGAGUAGUUUGUUGCAGAAGGUGAAAGAGGCCCAGAAGGAGACAGAUGACAUGAUGCUGUGGCUGAAGGACAUGAAAAAGACCGCACAGUCCUGGAACAGUGCAGCCACAGAGAAAGACUCGGUGAAAACACAGCUUGAACAGCAGAAGGCAUUUGAAGACAACAUGAAGCAAAAACAAGAGGCGCUUCACAAGCUCAGAGAGAAGCUUCUCGACUUGAUUAAGACUCAUCCAAACUCACCCGAGGCAGCAAAAUGGAAGCAGAUGCUGGCAGAAAUAGAUGCUGCCUGGGCAGACAUCAGUGGCUCUGUUGAGGAGAGGAAGCAGCACCUGGAGCAGUCCAACAAGAAUCUGGACAUCUUCCAAACAACAGAGCAGCAGCUUGGUCAGUGGCUUUCAGAGAAGGAGCUGAUGAUGAGUGUCCUCGGACCCCUCUCCAUAGACCCGAACAUGCUUAAAAUGCAGAAGCAACAAGUCCAGAUCCUCCAGAAUGAGUUUAAGAGCCACAAACCUCAAUAUGAACAACUCGAGGAAGCUGCCUCCGCCAUCCUAAGCUCAUCAGGUGAUCAGGACCCUUCGAGUGGGAAGCUGGUGAACGAGCAGCUUGCUGCAGUCACUCAGAAGUGGGCAGGCCUCACAGGACAGCUGGACCAGCGAGACAGCCUUAUUGAUCAGGCAGUGGUGAAAACCAGAAAGUUUCAGGAGUUACUGAGGAGCCUCAGUAACACUGCCACUCACCUGGAGAGUCAGCUCACAAACCAUCAGGGCCUCAGCACGCAACCUGAUGCUGUGAAGAAGCAGUUGGAGGAUGCCCAGAACAUCUCGGCUCAGCUGCGAGAGGAGAAGAAGAAGCUGAAGGAGGCUGAGGCCAUCAAUGAAGAGCUCACAGCGAUGGUGACUGAGGACUACCUCAAAGCAGACCUCGCAAGGCAGCUGGAGAGUGUUUGCAAGCCUUUUAAGCAGUUGGAAGAGAAAGCAGCAAAAAGAAUUGAACAGUUAAACUCCACCUUUGCCAGUUCUCAGCAGUUUCAUCAGACUUCCAGAGAUUUACAGUCAUGGCUGGGUGAGAAGCUCCAGGACCAAUCGAAGCCCAAACCCAUCUCUGCCAAAGUGGAGGUUCUGCAACAAACUGUGGAGGAGCACAGUAAACUCCAGAAGGCUCUCGGUGAACAUGAGAAAGCUUUUAAUACAAUCAUUGGAGAGGGAGAGAUGCUUCUGCACAACAUUGAUGGUGCAGAGAAGUUAGCACUACAAGGUCAGCUUACUACCCUCUCAUCCAACUGGGAAGAAGUGAAGAAGAGCUCCGCAGAGCAGGCUGACAAACUCCAAACUGCUCUGAUGAGAUCACUGAAGUAUCAGGAGCAUGCGGAGAAGCUUAACUCUUGGAUUCAGGAGUGUGAGGCUAGCGAGGGCCGAGUCAAGCUCACCGUUGAUCCUGCUGCUGUGGAGACUUCCAUUUCUCAGUUGAAAGCUCUCCAGAAGGAUGUUGAUAAGCACAGAGGGUUGGUGGAGCAGCUCAACACAGCUGCAGAUAGCCUUCUUGAGGUGGCCAACACAGACACUGAUGCUAUAAAAGAAGAGAAGGCUAGCACUGGCAAAAGAGUAGACAAUAUAGUGGAAAGUCUGCAGAGCAAAAGGGAAUCUUCAGAGAAGAUCUCGCACACAGUAAAGGAAUUUAAUGAUGCGUGCAAAGAGGCAAAGACUCAGCUUGAGGGAGCUAAGAAGCAAGUGGAUGCCUAUGACACACAGGGAGUUCAGGCACACAGCAACAAGAGCCUAACCAACAUGAAAGCCCAACACAAGAGUUUAGAGGCUGUGCAGAAUCAAGUAGAGCACAUGAAGGCCUUGGCCAAGGACCUUGUGGUGGAUGUCCCAGAUGCUGAAGGAGUGACAGACCUCUUACUACAGGCAGACAGCAUAGAAAAGGACUACAGCAACCUUAAUAAGAAACUGGAGGAGACAUGUCAAGCAUUGGAGGGUAAACUGCAGGGUAUCGGACAGUUUCAAAACAACAUCCGCGAGAUGUUUGCACAGUUCACAGAGCUGGAUGAUGAGCUAGACAGCAUGUCCCCAGUGGAUCUCAAUUUGGACACUCUUAAAGAACAGCAGGACAGCAUUCAGAGUUUUGUGACUAAGCUGCAAGAGCUCAUGGCUAACACAGCCAAUGCUGGAGACAGCUGUAAGAAGAUGUUAGAGUCUGAACCCUCACCUGACCUUCUGGGCCUGAAGAGAGAUCUGGAUGCUCUGAGUAAGCAGUGUGGCAAACUGUUAGACAGAGCCAAAGGAAGAGAGGUCCAGGUGCAGAGUACUCUUACAAAGCUAGAGGAGCUGUAUGGUAAACUCAAUCAAAUGGAAGAUAAACUCUGCAGAGCUGUGGACAAGGAGGUGUCCCAGGAGCCGGUCAGCAUGGAGACAGAAGUGAUCAACCAGCAGCUGGAGGCUUUUAAGGCUUUUCAGAAAGAGGACAUUGAUCCACUGCAGAACCAGCUUCAAGACAUCAAUUCCCUCGGGCAGGGUCUGAUCCAGAAUGCUGCUAAAGGCACUAGCACUAAGAAACUCGAGGACGACCUGGAAGGUGUCAACUCUAAGUGGAAUACCCUCAACAAAAAGAUUGCUGAGCGUUCAGCCCAGCUGCACGAAGCCCUCUUGCACUGUGGCCAGUUCCAGGAUGCUCUGGAGUCCCUACUCAGCUGGUUGACUGACACGGAGGAGCUCGUGGCCAAUCAAAAACCUCCGUCUGCCGAGUUCAAAGUGGUGAAGGCACAGAUACAAGAGCAGAAGCUCUUACAGAGACUGCUGGACGACCGAAAGCCGACAGUGGAGCUGAUAAAAAAGGAGGGAGGGAAGGUUGCUGAACUGGCAGAGUCUGUGGAUAAGGAGAAAGUGGCAAAAGAGAUUGAAUGCCUGGGACAGAGGUGGGACACGCUUCUCAAGAAGGCUGAAAACAGGCACAAACAACUAGAGAGCAUCUUAGUGGUGACUCAGCAGUUCCAUGAGACUCUGGAGCCACUGAGCGAGUGGCUGUCAGCCACAGAGAAACACCUCGCCAACUCUGAGCCAAUAGGCACUGAGACUUCUAAGCUGGAAGAUCAGAUAUCUCAGCACAAGGCAUUAGAGGAGGAGAUUAUGAAUCACAGUAAAGACCUGUUUCAGGCUGUCAAUCUUGGCCAAAUGCUCAAAACUGUGAGCUCAGUGGACGAUAAGGAGUUUGUUCAGUCUAAACUGGACACCGCUCAGGCCAGUUACAUAGAGCUCCAGGAGCGAUGCAGGAGGAAAGCUGAAAUGCUUCAGCAAGCUUUGGCAAAUGCCCAGCUGUUUGGAGAGGAUGAAGUGGCUCUCAUGAACUGGCUCAACGAGAUACACACAAGGCUGAGUGAAGUGUCGGUGGAAGACUACAGACUAGAGGUUCUUGAAAAGCAGCUGGCAGACCAACGGGCACUGCAAAGUGAUAUUGGCUUAAGGAAGAAGAAUGUUGACCAAGCCAUCUCCAAUGGGGUAGAGCUACUGAAGCAAACAACAGGUGAUGAGGUGAUCGUUAUCCAAGGCAAACUGGAUGGAAUAAAAACAAAAUAUGCUGAGAUAAACUCUAUGAGUGCCAGUGUUUUAAAGACACUGGAGCAGGUUUUGAGUCUGUCUUCUAAGCUGCAGCAUACUCACACGGAUCUGAGCUCAUGGCUAGAGAAAGCAGAGGCUGAGAUUAACAGCUUUGCUCAUCAGGAGCCAGUCGGCGAGCAGCUGAUUCAUUCACAAAACAGGCAGACGGCCAUGUUGAAAGAGAUCAAAGACCAAAAACCAGUGUUGGACCAGCUGAAUGAGUUGAGCAGUUCACUCUUGGAUUUAAUCCCCUGGCACACUCGUGAGAGUUUGGACAAACUUGUGUCUGAGGAUAAUGAGAGGUACAGAGCUGCCUAUGACACUUUGACCCAGAAGGUCGACCAGAUCAAUGCUGACAUACUCAAGUCACAACAGUUUGAACAGGCCGCAGACAAUGAACUCUCCUGGCUAACUGACGCUGAGGGGAAACUGCUAUCGAUGGGUGAGAUCAGGCUGGAGCAGCACCAAACCACAGCUCAGCUCCAAGCACAGAAGAUUUUCUCCAUGGACAUCAUGAGACACAAAGAUGCUGUAGAUGAGAUUGUGAAAACAGGAAAGGCCAUCAUGACCAGCAAAAACCCAGAGGAGAAAGAAAUCUUAAAGGCCAAGACACAGACUCUCCUCGAGAAGUAUGGUGUCGUCAGCCAGCUGAAUUCAGAGCGUUGUCUGCAGCUUGAGCGAGCCCAGUCUCUUGCCACUCAGUUCUGGGAGACCUAUGAGGAGCUGGGGCCAUGGCUUCAGGAAACUUUAAACACCUUCAGCCAGUUACCCCCGCCUGCCAUUGAGUACGACACGCUCAGGCAGCAACAAGAGGACCUCAGGCAAAUGCGGGAACUGAUUGCAGAGCACAAGCCCCAUAUUGAUAAGAUGAAUAAAACUGGUCCUCAGUUACUUGAGCUCAGCCCAGUGGAGGGUGAGCCCAUCAGAGAGAAAUACACAGCUACUGACCAACUUUACACCAAACUGAAAGCUGAUGUCAAGCAGAGAGCUGCCACUUUGGAUGAAGCCAUCUCCAAAUCCACUCAGUUCCAUGAUAAAAUUGAUCCCAUGCUCGAAUCCCUGGAACGGAUCGCUGAACGCCUCCAUCAGCCUCCAUCCAUCUCAGUGGAGGUGGACAAGAUCAGGGAGCAGAUUACAGAAAAUAAGACGGUCUCUGUGGAUUUGGAGAAGCUGCAGCCAUCUUAUGAGACACUGAAGCAACGAGGUGAAGAGAUGAUCGCACGAUCCGAAGGGGCAGACAAGGACCUGUCUGCCAAAGCUGUGCAAGACAAACUGGACCGCAUGGUUUUCCUGUGGAACGACAUCCAGGCAUUGGUGGAAGAGCGGGAGGCAAAGCUGCUGGAUGUGAUGGACCUCGCAGACAAGUUCUGGUGUGACCACACCGCCCUCAUCGUCACCAUUAAGGACAGCCACGACCUGCUGAGGGAGCUGGAGGAGCCCGGAGUCGAUCCUUCAGUCGUCAAACAGCAACAGGAAUUUGUGGAGGGAUUUAAGGAGGAGAUUGAUGGGCUGCAGGAGGAACUCGAUGGGGUUCAAAACCAGGGUGCGGAGCUCAUGACUGCCUGCGGGGAACCCGAUAAACCUGUGAUAAAGAAGAGCUUGGAUGAAGUGAAUACAGCGUGGGAGAAUCUCAAUAAGAUGUGGAAGGAGAGAGGAGAGAGACUGGAAGAAGCCAUGCAAGCUGCUGUGCAGUUUCAAGAUGGCCUGCAGGGUAUGUUUGACUGGGUGGAUAUUCUGGAGAGCAAGCUGGAUUCAAUGUCACCUGUGGGCACGGAUCUGGAAACUGUCAAGCAGCAGAUUGUGGAACUCAAGGAGUUCAAAGGAGAAGCGUACCAGCUACAGAUUGAGAUGGAGCGUCUGAACCACCAGGCCGGCCUCCUGCUGAAGAAGGUGACAGAGGAGGCUGACCGCUCCGCCAUCCAGGAGCCGAUGUCUGAACUCAAAAUGCUUUGGGACAACUUGGAUGAGAAGAUCAUCAGUCGGCAGCACAAACUGGAGGGAGGCCUUCUCGCACUGGGGCAGUUCCAGCAUGCACUGGAUGAGCUGCUGGCCUGGAUGAGCCACACUGAGGAGCUGCUCAAUGAACAGAAAAAUGCUGGAGGAGACCCCAAAGCCAUCGAGAUAGAGCUCGCCAAGCACAACGUCCUCCAGAUAGAUGUGUUGGCUCACAAGUCAACAGUCGAGACAGUGAACAAAGCCGGCAAUGAUCUGGUGCAGUCCAGCGCUGGAGAGGAAGCUUCUAGUCUGCAGAGCAAACUGGAGAAUCUGAACCAGCGAUGGAAAGCCAUCCUGGAAAAGACGGAGCAGAGGAAGCAACAGCUGGAAAGCUCUCUGCUUCAGGCUCAGGGUUUCCAUGGUGAGAUAGAAGACAUGCAGCAGUGGCUGAAAGACACAGAACGUCAGCUGUUGGCAUCAAAGGCUGUGGGAGGCUUACCAGACACGGCCCGGGAGCAGCUUAACGCCCAUCUGGAGUUGUGUUCUGCCUUUGAGUCAAAAGAGGAGCUGUAUCAGGAGCUCCAGAACAAGGGUCAGCAACUGCUAACGAUGAUGCCCGAGGGUCCAGACAGUAACACGGAGCAGGACCUCGCCAACCUGAAGGAAAAAUGGGAAGCGGUGCAAGCGAAGGUCGCUGAAAGAAAGGUGAAACUAGAAGAAGCUUUGACUGUGGCUACAGAUUUCCACAACUCCCUGCAAGAUUUCAUCAACUGGCUAACCCAAGCAGAGCAGACGCUGAACACAGUUUCGCCCGCUUCCCUCAUACUGGAGACCAUCAUGUUUCAGAUAGAUGAGCAUAAGAUGUUUGUGACGGAGGUAAACUCCCACAGAGAACACAUUAUUGAACUGGACAAGACGGGCACACAUCUGAAGUACUUCAGCCAGAAACAGGAUGUGGUCCUGAUAAAGAACCUGCUGCUCAGCGUGCAAGGGCGCUGGGAGAAGCUGGUGCAGAGGUCUGUUGAGCGGGGUCGUCUACUGGACGACGCCAGGAAGAGGGCGAAGCAGUUCCAUGAAAAUUUCAAUAAACUGAUGGAGUGGUUAGAUGAAUCUGAGAAGACGCUGGACUCUGAAGUGGAAAUUGCCAAUGAUCCCGAUAAAAUCAAGACGCAGCUGGCACAGCACAAGGAGUUCCAGAAAGCUCUUGGCAGCAAACACUCUGUGUAUGAUACCACCACUCGAACAGGACGGGCCCUGAAAGACAAGACCACUCUACAGGAUGACAGACAGAAGCUGGACGACAUGCUGAGUGAACUGAGAGACAAAUGGGACACUGUUUGUGGGAAGUCAGUGGAAAGACAAAACAAGCUGGAAGAGGCCUUGUUGUUCUCCGGCCAGUUUACAGAUGCUCUCCAGGCUCUUAUUGACUGGUUGUACAGGGUGGAACCUCAGCUGGCUGAGGACCAGCCCGUACAUGGAGACAUAGACCUGGUUCUCAACCUGAUAGACAACCACAAGGUUUUUCAGAAGGAGUUGGGAAAGCGGACGGUAAGCGUCCAGGCCCUCAAACGUUCAGCCAGGGAGCUGAUUGAGAACACUCACGAUGACUCCUCCUGGGUCAAAGUCCAGAUGCAGGAGCUGAGCACGCGCUGGGAGACGGUGUGCAACCUGUCUGUGUCUAAGCAGACCCGGCUGGAGCAGGCUUUGGGCCAGGCUGAAGAAUUUCACUCUGCUGUUCACAUCCUGCUGGAGUGGCUAGCUGAGGCAGAGCAAAGUUUGCGCUUCCAUGGCAGCUUGCCCGACGAUGAAGAAGCUCUGCGAGCGCUUAUCGAACAACACAAGGUGUUCAUGAAAAGACUGGAAGAAAAGCGAGUGGCUCUAAAUAAAGCGGCCAGUAUGGGGGAGGCCAUUCUCAGCAUCUGCCAUCCAGACUCUAUCACAACCAUCAAGCACUGGAACACCAUCAUUAAAGCCCGCUUUGAAGAGGUGCAGGCUUGGGCCAGACAGCACCAGCAGCGACUGGCCACAGCCCUCACUGAGCUGCUAGCUACUCAGGAGCUGCUGGAAAAUCUUCUGACGUGGCUACAGUGGGCUGAGACCAACCUCAACGACAAGGAUAAGGAGCCACUCCCUCAGGAGAUCGAGGAGGUCAAAAACCUCAUAGCAGAACACCAGGCAUUCAUGGAGGAAAUGACCAGGAAGCAACCAGAUGUUGACAAAAUCACCAAGACACACAAAAGGAAGGCUGCUGCGGAGCCCCAGAUCCAGUCUCAGAUCCCCGUGUUGGACAAAGGAAGAGCUGGAAGAAAACGUUCUCCCACGCAAGCGAUGUAUGCGUCAUCAACACAAGCUCCCAUUGAAACAAAGAACCCACGGGUUAACCUGCUGGUGACCAAGUGGCAGCACGUGUGGCUGCUGGCUUUGGACAGAAGGAGGAAACUCAAUGAUGCUUUGGACAGACUGGAGGAGCUGAAAGAAUUUGCCAACUUUGACUUUGAUGUGUGGCGGAAACGUUACAUGCGCUGGAUGAACCAUAAAAAGUCUCGCGUCAUGGACUUCUUCCGCCGCAUUGACAAAGACCAAGACGGCAAAGUGACGCGACAGGAGUUCAUAGAAGGCAUCCUCUCCUCCAAAUUCCCAACAAGUCGUCUGGAGAUGAGCGCCGUGGCAGACAUCUUUGACAGAGACGGUGACGGCUACAUUGACUACUACGAGUUUGUAGCAGCUCUACAUCCCAACAAAGACGCUUACAAACCACUAACAGAUGCUGACAAAAUUGAGGACGAGGUCACGCGCCAAGUGGCGAAGUGCAAAUGUCCAAAACGAUUCCAGGUGGAGCAAAUUGGUGCCAAUAAAUACCGGUUCUACCUUGGAAAUCAGUUUGGAGACUCUCAGCAGCUUCGCCUUGUGAGAAUUUUGCGCAGCACUGUGAUGGUGCGGGUGGGAGGAGGCUGGAUGGCACUGGACGAGUUUCUGGUGAAGAAUGACCCCUGUCGAGUGCAUCACCACGGGAGCAAAAUGUUGCGCUCGGAAUCAAACUCUUCAAUUACUCAGUCUCCUAUAGGUUGGCAAAUCUCAAACUUUCUCACCUUGCUCCAUGAACCCACCAGUGCUAAAGGCAGGACCAAUGUGGAGCUGCGAGAGAAGUUCAUCCUCCCAGAGGGAACCACUCAAGUGAUGGCAAGCUUCCGCUACAGAGGCCGGAGGUCUCGGCCUUCAUCUCGAGGAGCUUCUCCCAACAGAUCCACCUCCAGUCAGAGCCUCCCCGUCCCCAUCAACCCAGCAGCGACCAGCACACCCAAGAAUCCCCAACACAUAACCCGCAAUUAUGAUAAGCCAUGGCUUACAAACAGCAAACCCUCCACUCCUCUUAAAUCAUCAGACUCCUUUGGGAGCCAAGGUUCAUCCUCAGAGAGUAAUGCGGUUCAAGGCAGCAAAUUGCGUUUGCCUGGGUACCUGUCCGGCAAAGGAUUUCAGUCAGGUGAAGAAGGAAGCUUGAUCAGUGCUGCUGUACUAAAAGCUCGAACGCAGACAAUAGGUGAAUCGAGAAAAAAUUCCAGCCGACCAGGAAGUAAAGCCGGAAGCAGAGGAAGCAGUCGCAGAGGAAGUGACGCCUCCGACUUUGACAUCUCAGACAUCCAAUCCGUGUGUUCAGAUGUUUCCGAGACGGUCGGCGACUCUGCCAGAGCGACGCCGCGCUCCGCGUCCCGUCAACACGGAGGGAAACCCUCUAAGAUCCCCACACCUCAAAGAAGAAUGACCCCUACAAGCAAACUGGCCAAGGGAUUGAAGCGAUAGACAGUGGCCUUGAAAACAAACAAACAACAAACCCAGGAGCUAUUUGCACCCUAAACACAUAAUGGACACUGGAGAUGUGUAACUUAAAGAAAAAAAAAAGUAAAAAAGACUGCAAAUGUGUCACGUGUUAUUUAAAUUCUUGCAAAGAUGUAAAAUAUUCUGUUAAGAGGCAAUAUUGUUUAAUAUUUUGUGAGAAUGGAAAGUCAAUGGCCUUGUGUAUUUGUUUUUAAUGUAUUUUAUUUUUUGUGAAAAUAUGCCAAAUUGUUUUUAUUGUACUUUAUUUUUAUUUAUGCAAAUCCUGAAGAGGAUUGAUGAACACUAGAAAAUCUGGGAAUGAUCAAGCCGAACUAACAUUUCUACACUAAUGAAGGGCAAAGAUGCAGGAUACUGAAUGUACUAUUAUUUAUGUAUGCUUUUGUUUGGAGUAGAUGGUGCAUUAUGGUACCGUUUGACACACUGCGAUUAUCUAUUUAAGUGCUAUGUUAUACUGCCAACAUGCAUUUAAAGGGCAAUGCAAUAUAUUACAAUAAACCCCACUAAGCACUGCAGAAGCCUUCGAAAACCCCUAUUUAAGACAAGUAGCAAAAACCUCGUAACCAUGAUGCUUUUAUGUACCCGUUUGUCAGCAGCUGCAGCCCGUCUUUUGUUUAACCACCUCACAGCAAAUGAGUACUCUGACCUCGAAGAGGUACCACUUCAUGUAGACAUUCUCUGUGCAUCCAUGUCAAUGUAUGGUUAAUUUCGGUAGAGCUGAAAUUGUUACUGUAACAUUACUUUGUAAUAAACCUGCUUGCAGAAAGCCACCAGAGACUGGUGUGCACCACA